UCAUGCCCUAGCCUUGUAGCGCCAUGGAGGCUCUCGUCGCAUCGAUCGGAGCUUCUUCAUCUCAGUCGCCCUCUUGUCACGACAAGAAAUCGGCCAGGUAUGUCCCCGCGGCAAUGCAGCCCUCGAGGAAUCGAGCAUCGCCGCUCCCUAGGCUGGCAGCAGCUCGUCGCGAUGAUCAAGCAGCUACCGCGGCCAGGAUUACGAGCGAGCAAGGAUCUGCCGCUCCCGCCAAGGAAUUCCGGGGGAUCCUCGCCUCUCCUGGGCUGCAUUUGGGCCCGGCAUGCCACGACGCGCUCAGCGCCAAGCUCGUCCAAAACGCGGGCUUCAAAUUCACGUUUAUGAGCGGCUUUGGCGUGUCUGCCUCUAGACUAGCUUGUCCAGACACUGGGCUUAUUUCUUAUGGAGAGAUGGUCGAUCAAGGAAGGAACAUCACGGCGGCCGUGUCCAUCCCCGUCAUAGGAGAUGGCGACGCUGGCUAUGGAAAUGCCAUGAACGUUAAGAGGACUGUAAAGGGGUACAUACAAGCUGGUUUCGCAGGAAUUCUUCUGGAAGAUCAGAUAUUGCCCAAGGCCUGCGGUCACACAACUGGAAGGGAAGUUGUGUCGAGGCAGGAGGCGAUUGCGCGAGUCAAAGCUGCGGUCGAUGCUCGAGAAGAGUCAGGAGAGGAUUUAGUGAUAGUUGCAAGGUCUGAUGCUCGCCAGGCGGUUUCUUUGGAGGAAGCGCUGUGGCGAGCGGAGGCAUUUGCCGAUGCGGGAGCUGACGUGCUUUUCAUCGACGCUUUGAUGUCGAAAGAGGAGAUGCGGAAGUUUUGUGGCCGUGUUCCAGCCGUGCCGAAGCUGGCUAACAUGCUCGAGGGAGGAGGGAAAACACCGCUGUUGGCACCGAUCGAGAUUGAAGAAAUCGGGUAUAAGAUUGUAGCCUAUCCACUGUCCUUACUUGGGGUCUCAAUUCGCGCAAUGCAGGAUGCUUUGGUUGCUCUUAAAAGUGGACGAUUUCCCAGCAAAGUUCCUGCGUUUGACGAAGUGAAAGACGUAGUGGGAUUCAAUCGCUAUUACGAUGAGGAGAAGCGCUACUUUGGUAUCAGCAAAAGCAGGAGAACAUCUGAAACCGCUAAUAACUUCAGCACGAAAGAAGAAACACCAUUCCACGAUAAGCAAAGUUCGACUGUGCAAGUUAUCACUCCGGAAGUUUUAGAAGAAGAUUCUGAUUCCGACUGGGCAAAGAAAAGCAGCAAUCUGCUUGGAAUUUGGUCGCGUGUUCUACGAGUUAAAAUAACAGGGAGCAGUGGAAUAGUGAAGCUCGAUGUCAGAAUUCCUGCUGGGUUUCUCGAUGGUCUGGCUAAAACAAUACCUGGUGUUGCUGGGAUAAAUUUCAAGGAGAUACUCGAUAACGCGUCGUCUCCCACCAGCGGCCAGCAGCUCCUUGAUAUUGAGGAUAAGCAAGGGGAUCGGAUCCAAAUAUUUUUCGAGUGAGGCGUUUGGCGAGCUCAGUAGCAAAGUGCACAGCAAGGCUGCAUGCAGUGCGCAACAUGACUUACUUUAUCGCAUUGCCACUAAAAGGAAAUUAUAAAAAUGUUUCGAGGACCCGAAAUGAAGGACUGCUGUUGAGCGGCAGAGUUUACUGUACGACUUCUUUGUUUCGCUUUCCUCUUUCACAUUUCUCUUCAUUUCUCUCUA